UCUCUCUCUCUCUCGGCUAAGUCAAUGUCUAUCUCUCUCUCAUUCAAACCCGGCACAAGGAUCUAUAGUAACCCGAUCGCUCACAAGUCGCGCCUACUACAACUAAUACCAAGACGCAGAAGGUAGUGUAGACCGAGGACCAUGUAGGCAUUACGUGCAACUUAGCCUAGCCUACUAACCUCGCCUCAGAGCGGGAUUUACAGCGGCUUGGCGAGGAGCGAUCCCGGCAACUGUGUCUCAACCGCUCAGCCUCUGCCAUGGCUGUCCAUGGGCUCAGAGGAUGCCUCCUCUUCCGCCCCAACGAGUACCAGGAGAUCCCAGACGGUGGCUGGGGCUGGCUGGUGGCCGUGGCCUUCUUCCUGGUCGAGAUGUUCACCUACGGCACCAUCAAGAGCUUCGGCAUCUUCCUCCAGGACCUGGUGAAGCAGUUUGGGGAGAGCAACAGCAAGGUCUCCUGGGUCCUCUCCAUCUGUGUCUUCAUCAUGACUUUCAUGGCCCCUCUCGCGUCGGUGCUGUCCAACCGCUUCGGCUUCCAGCCGGUUGUUAUGCUGGGAGGGGUCCUCAUCUCCCUGGGAACCAUCGCCACUGCCUUCACCACCUCCAUCUUUCAGAUGUACAUCACUAUGGGAAUGGUUGCAGGCCUGGGCUACUGUCUGACCUUCCUGCCCACGGUGACUAUCUUAUCCCAGUACUUUGACCGCCGACGCUCCCUGGUCACGGCACUGGCUUCCACCGGGGAGUCCGUCGCCAUGUUCGCCCUGGCCCCCGCCUUCUCUGCGUUGCGGGAUCACAUGGGCUGGCGCCACACCAUGGUGGUGAUCGGAGCGCUGCAGGGCAUCAUCAUCCUGUGCGGGGCUCUGCUCCGGCCCAUCGUGAUCCAGCCCGCCCGGCAGGAAGAGAAGGUGGCGCUGAGCCGAGACGAGUCUCCCGCCACAGAGUGGAACCCCUCCCUGACGAAGGCCCGGCACGACGGGGACACGAAGCCGACCCACGGAGACUCGCUCAGCUCCGACGACUCUGGCGUGUCGUCGGAGGAGGGGCCUGAGGGCCGGAUGAUGAAGGACACGUGCGAGAAAAAAGCGACGGGAGUCUGGGAGAGCGACGCGAGGCGAUCAGCCGGCGGCGACGAGGAGGAGAAACUAGGGACGGACGACGAGGUGAAGCGGGAGGACGGAGGCGAGCCGGCAGUCGUCUCCCGGCCCAAGGCGAAGCUCCUCGACUUCUCCAUCCUGCGCGAGGGCAGCUUCAUCUGCUACUCCCUCUUCGGGCUGUGCGCCACGCUGGGCUUCUUCGCGCCGCCCCUCUACAUCAUCGAGCUGAGCGUGAGUCGCGGCGUUGAGCGCGAGCGCGCCUCCUGCAUGCUGUCCAUCAUGGCCGUGGCCGAGGUGGUCGGCCGCCUCUCGGCCGGGUGGCUGCUGUCCCGGCCGUGGGUCAGGAGGCAGAAGCUCAUGGUGCUGCUGGGCUGUGUGGUCGGCAUGACGCUGGUGCUGCUGGCCUUCGCGCUGGUGAGGGAGUUCUACGGCCUGGCCGUGUGCUGCUCCGGGUUCGGCUUCUUCAUGGGCUGCAUAUCGUGCAGCCACAUCCCCAUGUUGGCCGAGGACGACGUGGUGGGCAUCCAGAGGAUGGCGUCGGCGGCCGGGGUCUACGUCUUCAUCCAGAGCUUCGCCGGGCUGGCCGGCCCGCCGCUGGGAGGUUUCUUCGUGGAUAAGACGCAGAACUACGGCUCUGCGUUCUACUCGUGUGCCGCGGGCAUGGGACUGGGCGCCCUCUUUCUGGGCCUGGUGCGCCCUGCCAAGAGGUGGUCCCCCUGCAUGAAGCGCUCGGACCACCCCGAGGGCGAAGCUCAACCGGCCGAACGUCAGGAUGUCACGGAGCGUAGGACAAAACCUUCAGACGAAGGAGGGGCCACUUUGAGAGGCCAUGAAGAGAUAGUGGUUGAUUUGGUCCAGGACCAGCGAGAAGGAGCUGAGAGAAAUGGUAAAACAGAGGCCGGUUAUGUUUGAGAUAAGAAACAACCGCAGUCUUAAAGCGAGGUUCUCUCCAUCUCUCUCUAUUUUCAAACUCACUGUACUCAAUAAAAGCACAAAACAUUCCAUUUAUUUAUUAAAAACAUCGACCAACAGCAAUGGAUAAAAGACAGAAAUAUACAUGACAUUGAUAAUGUGCCUUAUGAAAGAUGUAUUUGCCUAUCUUUUAUAUGUUGGAUGUAAAAAUCCACAAUGUUACACAAUCAGGACAUGGGUGAGUACUGCUGCAAGCCAAAAUAUUUUCUGUUAGUCGGAUGAUGACUAUAUGACUGGGACAUAUUCAUUCUUCACAAACACAUAUGACUAUAGUGUUUAAAGGACAAUAACUGUGGGUGAUUAAACCACUGCAAUGACUUCACAAUACCAAUCUAAUUUGUCAAAAUUACAUUUUAUACUAAUUCUGCAGAAGAGCAAUCAGCGUGUGACUCUGCCACGUAUUAAAACAAUGGCAUAACAGCAUUUUAUAUAUGUAACCAUUGUUGGAGUGAAGCCAGGAGAGACCGAAGGUUUGAUCAUCCAGACAGGUAUUGUGUCUUCAGUCGUCAAAAGUGGCUGGGUUGUGGUACAGAGAAACCAAAUCUGUUGGGGCAGAUACCUGAUCUGUUCUUUGCAAUUUGCUGAAAAUCAAUUACUUACCGCUGAAGGAUCUUGCUGUAAGAAUAAGGAACCGUCUAAAAAACAGGAUGGGAUAAUUAUUUUUUGUCAAAUAAGCAUGACAUGUAGCGAACUACAGUAGUACAAUACACUUAAUUCAGGCACUACAAAGUAUUUAAGAACCUUGAAAUAAAACGUAUUUUAUGUAAAAAUGUUUUUAAUGUAUAGUUCCUUUGUAUUGUUUCACAUGUCAUUUAUCACAACCAAAUGAAUAAAAUAGUAUUUCUUUAUACAUUC